CUCCGCCCCCGCAUGUAUGACGAGCACCCACGUUCCAGCGGAAAAAGCAGAGGCUAACCCACCAUCCAGCUCAGCAGCCAAGCGAGGACCAGCCCGACCAGCGCUCCAAGCCCCAGAGGUCAAAGGGUCAUGUGACCAGCUUCAGGGGCUGGAUGGGGGCAGGGGAUGGAGCAGGGCAGCUUUCCCCUUUGUCCCCCCUAGGCCUGGCCUGGAACUCUUUACUGCCUGGGACUGCCUGCUGGGGUUGGAGGGAAGAGCUCCAGCGGCAGGGCACCCCCGCCCCUUUAACCAGCCUAGCAUCCCAGCAGCGGCUUCCCCAGCCGCACCCAGAGCAUCUUCCAGGGGCUUCCAGGCCCCCUGGUCCAGGAGGGGGCUCCCGUCCAGCCACCUCGGGCCUCUUCCUUCUCCUCCUGGGCACCAAGGGAGGCCUGAACCGGAUGCCCUGGAACUGCUGGCUCUGCCCGAAGGCCCCCUCCCGAUGUACCCACAGGACACCCACCCAGCACCCCAAGCUGCCUAGAGAAGCUUUCCAUCUGGGGGUCUCAGGAUCCCCUAGCAAUGAACACAGCCAGGCUGAGGGUGUGUGCAGAGUUGAAUGACCAUCCGAGGGUAGAGGUCUGCAGGCCAAGUGAAGGCUGAGGGCCCUCAGCGGCAUGGACACUGGCCCCCCACCCCACCUGCCCUGGCAUGUCAGGGGGAUCAAGGCUGUGUGUCUGACCCACAGACCCUGGCACCAGGGAGGCACGGGCGGCCCCCACCACCCAGAAGAGCUGCUGCCACCAGCGUCCAGGGCAUGAGGGAGCCCCCUUCCCCAGGCCACCCCGAGGAGAAGGCCGUUCCACCCGGAAACUCGGGCCAUGUGGGGUUCCCAGGAGCUGCUUCCGCUCUGGUUCCUGGUGCUGGCAGUGGGCAGCGCGGAGCACGUCUACCGGCCCGGACGCAGGGUGUGUGUCGUCGGGGCUCCCCAGGGCCCCGUGUCCGAGUCCUUUGUGCAACGUGUAUACCAGCCCUUCCUCACCACCUGCGACGGGUACCGAGCCUGCAGCACCUACCGGACCCUCUACAGGACCGCCUACCGCCGCCACCCCGGGCCAGCCCCUGCCCGGCCUCGCUAUGCCUGCUGCCCCGGCUGGAAGAGGACCGGUGGGGUGCCGGGGGCUUGUGGGGCAGCAAUAUGCCAGCCACCGUGCCAGAAUGGAGGGAGCUGUGUCCAGCCUGGCCGCUGUCACUGCCCUGCAGGGUGGCAGGGGGAUGCCUGCCAGACAGAUGUGGACGAGUGCAGCGCCGGAGGGGGCGGCUGUCCCCAGCGCUGUGUCAACACGGCGGGCAGUUACUGGUGCCAGUGUUGGGAGGGGCACCGGCCAUCUGUGGACGGGGCAGUCUGCCUGCCUGAGAGAGGAGCCCCCAGGGUGACCCCUGACCCUGCGACAGGAGCGGACAGUGAGGUCAAGGAGGAAGUACAGAGGCUCCAGUCGAGGGUGGACGUGCUGGAGGAGAAGCUGCAGCUGGUGCUGGCCCCACUGCACAGCCUGGCCUCCCGCGCCCUGGAGCACGGACUCCCUGACCCUGGCAGCCUCCUGGCCCACUCCCUCCAGCAGCUGGACCGCAUCGACUCUCUGAGUGAGCAGAUCUCUUUCCUGGAGGAGCAGCUGGGCUCCUGUUCCUGCAAGAAGGAGGUGUGACAGGCCCACCUGACCAGUCCUGGCAACCAAGAGCCUGGAGAGGCUCUCCUCACCCCGCCCCGCCCCGCCCCGCCCCGCCUCUGCUGACCAGGGAAGCCCCAGGGCCCCCACCUGGGGCGGGGUGGAGUGAGGCUCGUCCUGUGUGAAUCCAGCCCCAGCCAGCCAGCCCCCUGCACCCCGGCCGACUCUCAGGGCCUGUGGGUCCACGGCCGAGGACGGUACGAGGCACCCUGCCCAGGGCCUGGGGCCGGCACCUCUCACUGGGCAACCCUGUCCUUUGUCAGAAUAAAGCGAGACUUGAA